AUGGCCCUAUCAGUAUGCAGUCGUUUCGAAUCGUCUCUUCCAACGCACAACACGUGAAAAAAAGAAAGAUAAAUAUCAUCGGGUAAAAAUGGCCCACUGAUAGGUGGAGGUGUCACCACCUGUGGUGUUAUAAGAAAUCUCUUUAAAAGCUUUCAUUCACUGAUUAGCUCAACUAUUCUCAUCCGUCGGUAAAUCAAAGAUGGCUCUCGAAAUAUGCGUGAAAGCUGCUGUUGGUGCUCCUGAUCACUUCGGCGACUGUCCGUUCAGCCACAGGGCUAUUCUUACCCUCGAGGAGAAGAAUCUUGCUUACAAAAUGCAUCUCAUUAACCUCUCCGACAAACCCCAGUGGUUCUUGGACAUUAGUCCUCAAGGGAAAGUACCAGUGCUAAAGAUCGACGACAAGUGGGUCGCUGAUUCCGAUGUCAUCGCUGAUCUCCUCGACGAGAAGUACCCUGAUCCACCUCUCAAGACACCUCCUGCAUUUGCCUCUGUUGGUUCCAAAAUUUUUGGUACUUUUGGGACUUUCUUGAAGAGCAAAGACUCUAAUGACCAAUCUGAACAGGCCUUGCUUCAUGAGCUUGAAGCUUUGGAGAACCAUCUCAAGAGUCACGAGGGUCCUUUCAUCGCCGGUGAAAGAGUCUCCGCGGUUGAUCUGAGCUUAGCACCAAAGCUUUACCAUCUCGAAGUCGCUCUUGGCCAUUUCAAAAGCUGGUCUGUCCCCUCAAGCUUGCCCCAUGUCCAUAACUACAUGAAGGCUCUGUUCUCUCUUGACUCCUUUGAGAAAACUAAGCCUGAGGAAAAGUAUGUGAUCUCUGGAUGGGAACCCAAGGUCAACCCUUGAAACUACGAGACUAUUGGUGUGAUAAGGUGGUUCAAUGUCUCUCUUGUGUCAGUCAAAUAAUAAUGCACUUGGACCUUUUAUGUUAUGUAUUGUAUUAAUGAAAUAAGUUUCGUUUGAGAUAAGAUCUGAGAACAUAUAAAUUUAAA